AUGGCACUAUUCACUCCAGGUGAUGCAGAGCAGCAGACCGGUAGAGUGUAUGUAGUGGUUCCUCGCGAUCAUGGCACGACCGAAGCUGUGGUGGAAGAGAGUGUUUGUAGGAGAUGCAUCAUCAGCUUGGAUGAUUCUGAGUUCGCGAUUGAUUUGAUCGUGUUGCAUAUGUUUGAAUUUGAUAUGAUCCUUGGUAUGGAUAAGCUAUCUUCCUACCAUGUGAGUAUCGACUGUUUUGCGAAAACAGUUAGUUUGAGAGCAUAUGAUGGAUCAGAGUUAGUGGUAGCUACCUCCGGAGACAACCAGUUUGCGGAGUCAUUUCUGGCGUACGUAGAGGAGGUGAUAUUAUGGGAUCGGAGCGCAGAUUUGAGUGAGAUGCGAGUAGUCUCAGAUUACCAGGAUGUUUUCCAGGACAUACCAGGGUUACCUCCAGUGAGAGAGGUCGAGUUUUGCAUAGAGUUGUAG